GCCAUUAUGCGCGCGUCUCACGGUGGCGCGCGCGGCCACUGACCCGUCUGUCGGCUCAACUGGUCGCGAUUAUUGCGGCCGGCCGGCCGUCGCCACCGGAUCGCGCGGGUUGGCCGCCCCCACCGCUGCGCCGGGGCAAUCGUACUUGAAACGCAGGUGGCCGUGCCUGGCGGCGGUGCCGACGGCGGCGCGCGGAGAGCCCCGCUCACCGGCUCGCUCGCUCGCUCGCGCGCUAUCGAUUUGAACGCGACGGCGGCGGCGCGGCGCGGCUCGACUGACUCGGGCCCUCUGGUGAGCGGAGAGCGCGGCCGGGUCCGGCGCGCCGGGCGCGAGUCAGCUCUGGUGUGCGGUGCGGAGAGGGCGCGCUGUCGACGCCGACGGUCAGAUAAGUGCUGCGCUCGCCCGGUGGUCGGCCGCUCAAAGCCAGCAGCUCGGGGACACUCCGCUCGACAGCAGCACAUCUAAGACUAGCCGCUGUCAUGGGUCUGAAGCAGAGCAAGCGCUCGUUCGAGGUGACCACCGGCUCGCCCAAGAAGGACGCCGUCUCCGCAGAGCCGAAGGCCGAGGUUAUUGAGAACAAGGAGGCGACAGCGCCCUCAAACGGCGACGCCAAGCCCGCCGCACAGACCAACGGCGCGGAGGCCUCAGAGGAGUGUAAGCAAAAUGGCGGCGGAGGAGACGCGGAGGUGAAGGAGGAAAACGGAAAGACCGAGGAGAACGGCAAGGAGGAGGGAGAAAAGAAGGACGAAAAGAAGGAGGAGAAGAAGGAGAAGGUAAAAAAGAAGCGCAGCUUCCGCAGCUUCAGUUUCCUGCGCCGGGAAAAGAAGCACAAAGAGGCCAAGGAGGCCAAGGACAAGAACGGCGAGGCCACCAUCGAGCCCGAGGCUCCGGCGGAGGAGAAGCCCGCCGAGGAGAAGCCCGCAACUGAGGAGUCGGCAGAGGCCAAGCCCGCGGAGGAGUCGGCGGCGCCAGCCGAGGAGGCCAAGGAGGCAGGCGAUGCCGCGCCAGUCGCCGAGCCGGCCGUGCCCGCCGCCGAGGCGGUGGCCCUCGGGCGCCACCUGGUCGAGGGCGUGAUCGAGAAGGCCAAAGAGGCGGCGCAGAAAGCGGAGGACGAGGAGCGCCUGCCGUCGCCGCCGCCGACCCCAGAGGCGCUGCGCCAGAGGGAGGCGCCGGCGGACGAGCCGAAACCAGAGGCGGCCCCGGCGCAGGAGGCGGCCAAGACACAGCCGACCGCGCCGGCGCCGCUGAAGAUCACGGCGCCGCCGGUCCACGCCGCCAUCGGGGCGCCGCCAGUGUCGCCGGCCAUCGAGGCGCCGCCGAGUGCCCCUGUGGCGGAGGCUGCGGCCGUCCCCGCGCCCCCGGCGGAGACAGACGCUCCUAUCCCAGCCGAGACGACUAUCCCGGCAGAGGCUGCUCCUGUCCCCGCCGAAUCCACCCAUAUCCCGGCACCAGCAGAGCCCGCCCCAGUCCCGGCACCGGCAGAGCCCGCCCCAGUCCCGGCAGAAUCCGCCCCUGUCCCCGCCGAGUCGGCUGUCCCGGCAGAGCCCGCCCCAGUCCCGGCAGAGCCCGCCCCUGUCCCGGCAGAGCCCGCCCCAGUCCCAGCAGAGCCCGCCACUGUCCCGGCAGAACCCGCCCCUGUCCCGGCCGAGUCGGCUGUCCCGGCAGAGCCCGCCCCAGUCCCGGCAGAAUCCGCCCCUGUCCCGACAGAGCCCGCCCCUGUCCCAGCAGAGCCCGCCACUGUCCCGGCAGAACCCGCCCCUGUCCCGGCAGAGCCCGCACCUGUCCCAGCCGAGUCGGCUGUCCCGGCAGAAGACGCUCCUUCGUCUGGCCCGUUUGAAGCCGUUCCUGCUCCAACUGAAGUCCCUGUCCCAGUUGAGCCUGUCCCUGUGCCAGUUGAAGAGGCUGCGGCUGUCGAGGCUGCCCUUGCACCAGUCAAAGAAGUCAUUGCACCAGUGGAAACCGCUCCUGCGCCAACCGAAGCCGCCCCUGCACCAGUCGACGAUGUCCCUGCACCAGUUCAGGAUGCCGCCACAAUAGUCAAAGCCGCCCCUGUAGCAGUAGAAGUUGCGUCCGCACCAACCCAAGCCGCCCCCACACCAGUCGAAGCCGCCCCUGCACCAGUCGAAGCCGCCCCUGCAACAGUUAAAGAAGUCACUGCACCAGUCGAAGAUGUCCCUGAACCAGUUCAGGAUGUCCCCACACCAGUCGAAGCCGCCCCUGCACCAAUGGAAGCCACGCCUGUGCCAACCGAAGCCGCCCCUGCACCAGUCGAUCCCGCUACACAAGUCGAAGAAGUCCCUGCGCUAACGAAAGCCGCUCCUGAACCAACUGAAGCCGCCCCUGCACCGGUGGAAGCCGCCUCUGCACCGGUCGAAGACACCUCUGCGCCAGUCGCAGAUGUCCCUGCACCAGUCGAGCCCGCUGCACCAGGGAAGGCCGCGGCGUCCGAGGACCUCGGGCCGCGCCCGGCGUCUGACGGAGUGGCGGCGCCAGCAGCAGCGCAGCAGGCCGGCCAGCAGGAGGCCGCCCCGGCCGUAGAGAAGCAGGAGGCCGCCCCGGCGGAGAAGAAGGAGGAGGCCGCUCCUGCCGAGAAGAAGGAGGAGGAGGCGGCUCCGGCGGAGGACAAGGAGGCGCCCGCCGAGCCGGCGCCGGCGGAGAGCGAGGCGUCGGCGGCCGCGCCCGCGGCAGCGGAGACGGAGGCGCCCAAGGAGGCCGACCAGCCGGCGAAGAGCGAGGAGCCUCCCAAGGCCGACGAAUAGCGGCCGUCCGGAUCGCCGCGCGAUCAAACGACGUCGCCACCCCAGCGGACAGCGCCGCCGAGACGACAGCCCGCGCGCGCCGCGCACCGGUGAUACCGUGUACAUAGCUUGUUGGACGCCGGCGGCGGCCGGGCGCGCGCGACGACACCAUUCCAGUGGGCUGCGCCGAUCCGGCCGGCCGCGCGAGCACCCAUCUUGCCAGGAGGCGGCCGCUGUACGGAUCUUUCAGUUGGACUGGCGCGGUGCGGCGGCCCCGCACUGAGAGCCGGGCGUAGGAGGACGCCAGAGAGGCGCCGCCGCCGGCCGGACGCCAGUGCGCGAGUGGCCGCCCAGACGGACGCCGUGAUGUGUUGUUGCGCCGGAGUUGUGGGGCAGCCGCGUGGCGCGCGGACGGUCGCCGGCCCCACUGGCGGCGGGCUGCGCCGCAGCAGCGCGCCCUCUGAGUAGAAACUAGGUGAUUCGCUUUCGAUGUUUGUGCACAUUUUUGUUCAAGUCGUGGUUUCACAGGUUCGAGACACUGUGGAAGAGACGACAAUUACAUUAUGUAAAUUGGUAAUAUUUGAUAAUAAACAGCUGUGGUCAAACCAACCGUA